AUGCCUACCCAUCUGUCUAAGACCAGGAAACAUCGCGGCCAUGUCUCUGCCGGCCACGGUCGUGUAGGAAAGCACCGCAAGCAUCCCGGUGGUCGCGGUAUGGCCGGUGGUCAGCACCACCACCGUACCAACCUCGACAAGUACCAUCCCGGUUACUUCGGUAAGGUUGGUAUGCGCCACUUCCACCUCCAGCGCAAUCACGAAUGGAAGCCCGUCGUCAACUUGGACAAGCUUUGGAGCUUGCUCCCCCAAGAAACUCAAGACAAGUACCUCGCCGAAGGUGCUCCUCAGGAUACCGCCCCCGUUAUCGACCUACUCGCUCUCGGUUACGCCAAGGUCCUCGGCAAAGGCCGUCUCCCCAACGUCCCCGUUGUCGUCAAGGCUCGCUACGUCAGCAAGGAAGCUGAACGCAAAAUCACCGAAGCCGGUGGUCGCAUCAUUCUCGUCGCAUGA